AUGAGCGCUACAGUGGCUGCCUCUGCUGUGGCCGUGGCUGUGACAGCCUCCAAGAAGGAGUCCCCGGGCAGGUGGGGCCUUGGAGAGGAUCCCACAGGCGUGGGCCCCUCACUCCAGUGCCGCGUGUGUGGAGACAGCAGCAGCGGGAAGCACUAUGGCAUCUACGCCUGUAAUGGCUGCAGUGGCUUCUUCAAGAGGAGCGUGAGGCGGAGGCUCAUCUACAGAUGCCAGGUGGGGGCAGGAAUGUGCCCAGUGGAUAAGGCCCAUCGCAACCAGUGCCAGGCCUGCCGACUGAAGAAGUGCCUACAAGCAGGCAUGAACCAGGAUGCUGUGCAGAAUGAACGACAACCCCGAAGCAUGGCCCACGUCCAGCUGGACAGCAUGGAAACAGGCAAUGAUCCCCGACCUGAGCCCUUGGCGGCCUCCCCUGCCUUGGCAGGGCCCAGUUCCCAAGGCCCCACGUCUUCAUCGGCAGCCAGAGCCAUGGGCCACCACUUUAUGGCCAGCCUUAUCACCGCCGAAACUUGUGCUAAGCUGGAGCCAGAGGAUGCUGAAGAGAAUAUUGAUGUCACCAGCAACGACCCCGAGUUCCCUGCAUCUCCCUGCAGCCUGGAUGGCAUCCACGAGACAUCAGCUCGCCUACUAUUCAUGGCCGUCAAAUGGGCCAAAAACCUGCCUGUGUUUUCCAACCUGCCCUUCCGGGAUCAGGUAAUCUUGCUGGAAGAGGCGUGGAAUGAACUUUUCCUCCUUGGAGCCAUACAAUGGUCUCUGCCCCUGGAUAGCUGCCCACUGCUGGCACCACCCGAGGCCUCCGGAGGCUCUCAGAGCAGGCUGGUCUUGGCCACUGCAGAGAUGCGCUUCCUGCAGGAGACCAUCUCCCGGUUCCGUGCACUGGCAGUAGACCCCACAGAGUUUGCCUGCAUGAAGGCCCUGGUCCUCUUCAAACCCGAGACGCGCGGCCUGAAGGAUCCUGAGCAUGUGGAGGCUUUGCAGGACCAGUCCCAAGUGAUGCUCAGCCAGCAUAGCAAGGCUCACCACCCCAGCCAGCCUGUUAGGUUUGGGAAGUUGCUCCUCCUGCUCCCGUCUUUGAGGUUCAUCACUGCUGAGCGCAUCGAGCUCCUCUUCUUCCGAAAGACCAUAGGGAACACGCCGAUGGAGAAGCUGCUUUGUGAUAUGUUCAAAAACUAGUGGGCGGGUGGGCCAAGUGUGUACACCUGGGCGACACACUCUUGGA